AGCAUAGACCCCCCUGGUUCCAUCUUCCAAAGUCAAAAUCCCCAUUGCCCAAGCAACAAGGCCUCUCAUCAUUUUCUCUCCUUUUCACCUCACCGCCAACGGUGACAUCUCCAUCCCCAGAGUACACGCACCGCGCUCUCGAUAUAUAAACACCUCUCGCGUGCAAGUGCAACAUCUCUGACCGAGAGAGCCCGAGAUACUGGACCCGUGACCUACCUUGCCCAUCUCUCUCUCUCUCUCUCUCUCUCUCACCGGCCCCCUCCAUCUCUCGCGCGGUCGAUUGGCGAGAUCGUGCCAUGAAGGUGCAGUGCGACGUGUGCGAGGCGGAGGCGGCCACCGUCUUCUGCUGCGCCGACGAGGCCGCGCUGUGCGGCGCGUGCGACCGCCGCGUCCACCGCGCCAACAAGCUCGCCGGCAAGCACCGCCGCCUGUCCCUCCUCGACCCGUCUCCAUCCUCCUCAUCAUCGCCUUCCUCAAAGUCGCCCCUAUGCGACAUCUGCCAGGAGAAGAGGGGGUUCCUGUUCUGCAAGGAGGACAGGGCGAUCCUGUGCCGGGAGUGCGACGUGAAGGUGCACACGGUCAGCGAGCUGACGAGGCGGCACGGCCGGUUCCUGCUCACCGGCGUGCGGGUCUCGUCGGCGCCGGCGGAAACCCCCGCGCCGUCGGGUCUGGAGGAGGAAGAGAACAGCACCAGCCCCUGCGACGCCGACGACUCCUGCAGCGGCGAUGCCAGCGCCAGCGCGAGCGACGGCAGCAGCAUCUCCGAGUACCUGACCAAGACGCUGCCCGGGUGGCACGUCGAGGACUUCCUCCUGGACGACGCCGCCGUCGACGUCUCCUCGAACAACAAGCCGUAUCAUCAGGGAGGAGGGCAGCAAGAAGGGUACCCGGCGUGGGCGGGCCAUGGGCAGGUGAUCGGUGGCGUGGUUGUCGCCGCGGGUGAGCGGGCCAGGCAAGAGCUGUGGGUACCGCAGAUGCACGCAGAGGCGGGGUGGGCCGGCAGCAAGCGACCUAGGGCGUCGUCUCUCGGCUCCUCCUCCUACUGGUGAAAACGUGCGCUUUCCAGUACCAGUACUAGUACUAGUAGUAGUGGAUAAAUCGGCGAAAAUCAGAUAAGAUGAGAAAAUGACAUGGACCAUGAAUUUUUUGUUUAGUACUGUAUGUAGUUGCUCGCUUUGAAAUUUUCUGCGUUUUGUAUUGCUUCCCGAAUGUUGUCGCUUCUGAGAGUCUUUGGGAGCUCUGGAUCGUUAGACUGUCUGAAUUAUAUUAGGCAAAUACUCCAACGCUACCGCAUAAGACGUCCGUUUUGUCCAAUUUAUGACUAUAUAUACAUAAAACAAGGGACAUACUUAUUUUGGUUUC